GUUCUUAUUCUUUCUUACAUUUCAUACAUUCAGUUCAAUCGUUGUUUGUGUAAUAUUAUUUUUUUGUUUAAUAUAAUUGUUUAAAGUUCUUUUUAAAUUUCCUUUGUGUUCCAUCGAUUAUAAAGUUUGAUGUUACCACUUAACAACGAACAAACACAUGUUUACGUCGUCAUCAAGUGAUUGUUCAAGAAUUGUGCCUAUAUAUUUUAUCAUAAUUUAAGUGGUAUACAUUUCUCGGAAUUACAAUGUUGCGUAGAUAGAUUCGGUUGUGUACCGCGUGUGAAAUGUCACAACAUGGAUACCCGGAGAGACUGUCUAAUAGAUCGAAAGGUUUCCAAGAGGAUGGUCCAAGUCAGCCCACUAUGGAGGUAUUGGUUGAGACCCUUACAGGAACGGCUUUCGAAAUGACAGUGUCACCUUCUGACACUAUAUUUGCUAUAAAAUCGAAGAUAUUUCGAGUGGAAGGCAUCCCAGUAUCCCAGCAGCACUUGGUGUACAACCUACGUGAGUUGGCUGAUGGUGCGUCAUUACGUGACCAUGGUGUGGCGGCGGGUGCACGUCUUCGCCUCGUGCUGGCGCUCCGCGGCGGACCAGUCACUACGCGUAGGCCUCCGCCACCCGAGAUACCUACAGUGGACAGAGAUGACAUAGAGUGGAGCAGUGAGGGUGGCAGUGGUGGGGGGGAGUGUAAGGUGGCAGUGCUAGUGUUCCGUGAUGGCGAGCGAGUCAACAUGGUACGCAUGCGCGAGAAUAGAGAUGGCACCUUCUCGCCCCUGGACCAUGCUAAAUAUUCGUCGUCCCUGUCGCACCUGGUGGAGCACGAGGACGACGAGUGCGCGAGUGUUGGUGCGGGGGGUGUGGCGGGGGCGGGUGCGGGGGCGGAGGGCGCGCUGCCUGAGAACGCGGUGACGAUGGGCAAGAUGCUGGACCUGCGCCGCCGCAUGGAGUCCCUCUCCCUGCACAGGAGGCGCAACCCGCACAGAUCAGGUGACCAAGUGGAUAUACAAAAGACAAGAAGCGAGGAGAGUCUGUCUGUGGCGAGCCUACUGGAGGACACGUCCUGCGAGGCGUACCUCAGGUGUAGCGGCUACGAGUGCUACAAGCGCUACGAGUGCGAGUGCGCCUACGCGGACCGCUACACGCUGCUGCCGCCCAUCGGCGCGCGCGCACACUCCAACCACUCCCUCGCUGACACGCUGCCCGACACUGACAGAUUCAAACUGCCCGACACUCUGGCGGGCUCGAUACUGGUGAAGGGUCGCGAGGCGGAGGAGGAGGCAGCCAUACUGGAGGAGGGCGCGGAGGGCGACGACUGCCGCCGUGACUCACACUACACGCCCACACUCGCGCCCAUACCCGCGCCUAAAUACGGUGCGCUAGUGGGCGGUGAGGUGCGCGGCUGGAGGCGGGGCUUCGGGUCGAGCUCGCAGCUGGCGGGCGGGGCGGCGGGCGCGGCGGACGUCUGCGCAGGACUCCGCCCCCCGAGACCUCACCGCGCACCACCGCUCUCCGCCUCCACAUCCGACCUCGAGACACUCACAAGGAAUAGAAUAUUGCCAGCUCUGAGCCGGCACCGCAACCGCGAACAUCUGCAUCUGAGCGACGACCGCCUGGAACUGUCGCCGCACGGCCCGCCGCAACCGCAAUCCCAGCCAUAUUUAGAAAUAUCCUGCUAG